AAUUCAUUCAUCGAUUCGUGGUGAUUCGGUUUGCAGCGGGCAAAGUGGAGCUCCGUUUUGCUGCUUCCCUACGGUUUUUUCGCGCAUGUUUUCACGGUUUUUAAAGUUUGCAGCUCGUGACAGCCAUCGUGCAGUUUAGUUUCCUUUCGAAGAAAACAAGCAGGAAGUGAAAAUCGUGUUUCUUGUUUUUUCUUCCGAUUACGUAGUUUGAUACUGUUUGUUAAAAAUCCAGGUGCUUGCCGCCAUCAUUUAAUCGAUCCGGUGUCGUUGUGGGAUAAUGCUUUUCUCGUCGAUGUGCUUUGCGGUUUGAUUUUUUUUUAUUUGCUUUUAUUUCGGUCGCCAUUACCUAGUUGAAGGUGUGCGAAAUCCUUCCCCCAUAAGGUGCGUUAGCCGGUUUCAAGUUUUGAGCUCUACCAUUUGUUUCAAUUGAAAAUAUGAAUCAGUAAGCUGCAAAUAUUCCAGUCCCUUGUGUCUGCCAAAUGAUUAUUUUUCAAGAGCCAUUUUGUGAUACAUCUGUUACACUUCGCGAAAGGAUUUCAUCCAUUCAUACUUUCUUUUGAAGUCGGUUCUUUUGAUCUUGCCAAAAUUCUACCAACAAGGAAAAUGCGUCCCCGCAUCGAGAGCUCGAUUGGCGAUGAUGCCAUGGAGAGCUGCGGCUAUCUUAAGUUCAACGACGAGAGCAUGAAGUCGAACUUCCUGCAAAGUCUAAGCACUAUGCGUCGCCAUCGGCUAUUCUGCGAUGUGAUCAUUUUGGUCGGCAGCACGGAAAUUCACGCCCACCGUAACGUUCUGGCCUGUGUAUCGCCUCACCUGAUGGAACUGUUCAGUUCGGAUGUGGGUAAUCUAAGUGGUACCGCAGCCGAGGGAAAAACACCCUGUUACCGACUGAACGGGCACAUCACCACUCCGGGCCUGAAGUAUCUGGUUGAGUACGCUUAUACCGGCUCGCUGGAAGUGCCCAACGAUAUGAUACGCGAUGUGUAUCUGGCUGCUUGGCAGCUUAAGAUUGACAACGUGGUCAAGGAAUGUGCUCGCCAUAUGGUGGGAGAACUGGAACCGGAAAGUUGCAUUGAGACGCGCUCCUUACCGGGAAUCGCACGGAAUAACAACUUCGUUCAUGAGGUUGACGACUACAUAGCGAAAAACUUUGCCGAGGUUUCGCAACAGCCAAGCUUUCUGCAGCUUUCGUGCAUUUUGAUCGAGGUUCUUUACCAAACCAAACAAGAGAUGUCAGUGGUUUCGGAAGCUUCGCUCUGUAGAUUAGUUCUCGAUUGGAUUCGGCGUCGAAUGACAGAAGAUGGGAUUUCGGUUUCCAACUUGCUGGAAAGAUCACAUAUGCUGUAUUUGGCAUUGGAUAACUCUUUACAAGAUUGUUCAGAUCUUCCGCCUGGCCAAGAGUCGGAAAGCGAUCUGGUGCAAGACUACAAACGAUUGGCACAAAAGUGUCCAAACGGUAAAAAGCACCGAAAAGGACUUAAAACUCCCGGUCGACCCAGAGUUCUCGUUUACAACCGAGACAUCGGUGAACGAGUAGAGCAGAGUGCUCAAGACUGCGAUUGGAGUCUGAUUGGUAGUUCAAAGGUGGCCAAUCACACAUUCGUUUCGCUGGUUACAUUGAACGGAAGUCUUUCGCGGUUGUCGAUUCAGCUGCGGCUCAAUAUACCGACAACACCCUCUCCCAUCAAUACUCCGGACACAGUGAGCACUAGCGUAAGUAAUGAAGAGGAUCUCAGUGAAACACAAAAACCGGAGCUGUUUUGUGAAGUGGCUACCAUGUCCGGACCAAAAUGUGGUUUGGGUGUUGCCGAGUUGGAAGGCAAAUUGCUGGUUUGUGGUGGAUACGAUCGGGCGGAAUGUUUGAAAUCGGUGGAAUCUUACUGUCCGGAUACCAAUAGCUGGACACAGGAAUGCAACAUGGGCGAAGCACGUGGACGAGUGCAAAUAGCUGUGAUCAAUGGAACCGUUUAUGCUGUCGGUGGAUGUAACGGAACUACUGAAUUAGAUUCUGUUGAGUGUCUAUCAAAAAUCGACAACAAGUGGAAAAAAGUUUGCAAGCUACCACUCGCUCGCAGUAACGCUGGCGUGUGUGCUCUGAAUGACAAGAUUUUCUGUAUUGGUGGCUGGAAUGGUCAAAGUGGCAUUCGUCAGUGCGAUGUGCUCAAACCAGCAGAUAAUAAGUGGUUCUCGAUUGCUCCGUUGAACACCGGUCGAUAUCAGGCUGGUGUGGCAUCUUACAAAGGAAACAUGUGGGUAGCUGGUGGAAGCGAUGCAUGGAACUGUCUAGGGUCAGUGGAAAUGUACAACCCGGAAAACGAUCAGUGGAGUUUUGCUCCAUCGCUGCUUACCCCGAGGCGCGGCUGUGGAUUGGCUGAGUUCAAUGGUAAGCUUUAUGCCGUCGGUGGUAGCGAUGGGACACACUCUCUUAACACAACCGAAUGUUACGACGAAGGUAACAAAUGCUGGGUGGCAGGACCAAAUUUGACUUCACCUCGGUCCAACGUGUCAGUUGCUGUCGUACAAAAUCGACUAUACGCGAUCGGUGGUUUUUCGGGAAAGACAUUCCUGAACACGAUAGAGUACUUGGACGCCAGCUCAAAUGAGUGGACUACAUUUGUACCGCAAACAAAUCAGAACAUUGACAGUUUACUGCAAGCUUCCCUCCACACCAACGGUCUUAGCAUCCGAGCUGGAUCUGCAUCUACCUCGUCUUCGCCGGACAUGAUGAAUGCACAGAACGGCGAAAGCGAUCACUUAUUCAAGCCGAUCAAAACGGUUGCAGUUAACGCUUUCGGCUUUGAAACAUCCAACAAUAAGGCAUCCUCGAUGGAUAAGGAGGUAAGGGAUAUUUUGGAAGAAACUGAAAAUUCCGCAAAAAACCUGGCCGCUUCAAAUGGGAAAGAUGAUGAUUCACAUGAAGUGGCAACAAAUGGUACAAACCACUCUCACGAUACCAGUAUUAAACUGCAGAAAAUGCUUACGAACAACGGUGAGAAAAUUUCGAACUCUAAUGGCUGUAGCUAACUAAUGGACGGCAAUGCGGCGCCAAAACAACAUCCAGCUGAUUCGACCUGUACUGCUCCAUAAGGUUUGAAGCUAGUGUAAGUGGGAAGUGGAGCCGAUAUCAGCACAGGCUUUACGAAAUUCGCAGUUUUUUCGCGGUGGUUUUCUGGAACAUAUUUAACUAUAUACAAUUGCAAACUCAAUACAUUUGAUAAGUAUCUUUUUACUACUUUUAAGAUUAAAAGUGUUAUAUACACUUUCUGUAUGAACGCCGGUGAAAUUUUUGAUGAAAAUGAGAGAAAUUAAAUUUACCUGUCCCCACAUGAAGUUGAGAGCUGAGACAUCAGCUCUAAAAAGGUAUAAUAAAUGUAUUUUAACUCUCAAUUGAGAAAGGCAGAAUAGUCGGUAUAUAUAAAUCCAGGAAAAAAAUGAACAUCAAACUAUAGAGGCAAAUAAACUGCUAUUCAAAGUAUAAGAAAAUCAUUCAUGAUGUUCAUUGUAGAACGCGUCAUUUGCUAUUCUCACUCGAGUUCAACAGGAUGCAGCUUACGGAUAUUAGUACGCCUGACCCAAAACAUAGUGUUUUCAUAUCUUUGAAAGCUACUAGAUAUUCAAUGUUGGAAAUUUUUUCCAAUUUUUCGAUUGUUCCAAGUUUUAUGGAUGUGUAAUAUUCUAGUAAGCUGCAACAAUGACAGACAAUUUUUACAUUAGUCUAAAAAACAGGUUAUUACACUGCGGUCCAUCUACAUGUAUAGAAAUAAGUUCACUUUAAAUAUUUUCUCUAGAGAAUAAUAGCAGAGCCAAUGGCAUAAGCUGAUUACUCAAUAAAACAAAAUUAAAGACACACAUGAACUACGUGCGUUUAUAGCUUUUAAGAAAUUUCACCUUCGAGUGAAAGGAUAAACCACUCCUCCUAUGAGAAAUCCAACUAAAGUAUCACAUAAGUUAAAAAGAUCAUCAGUCCCGUUCUACCUUGGAUUUCCGAAACGUUAAGCCAUUUUUACAUACGACAAAAGUACCCUGAAAGCAAUUGGCAGAUGCGUGAGAUAAUUUUGAGAUAGCGUAUCAUGAUGAAAUCUAGUGAACAUCAGACGAACGUGUUUGAUUAUACAAUGAUUUUAAAAACACGAAACCAGUGCAUAACCUCGACUGCAUGCCGCCACCGUAUAUACAUUUUGAUUAGCUUAUCUCACAAUAGAGUACAUUUUUCGAUGAAAGUUUUCAAUAAUACUUAACCGAUUGUAUUUUCGGCAAAAUGAACAGGUAAUAACAAGCAAGCAUUUAGUUUUUUCCCACCAUAAAUAAAAAAAUCAAACCAGCAAUCAAAACUGUUUCAUCGAAAAAGUGAUUGUUAUGUGGUGCAGUGAAAAACAGUCUACCGGUUAUGACAAAUUGCGAAGCGAACUAUACUAAACUGUAUAACGAGCAUCAUGAAAACGAGAGAAAGACGACAAUUAACAGCAAAGAGUGGGGAAAUUGAACCCACUGAUGAUGAUCAAUUCCUUUUACUGAAGUGCUAUAUUGUUAGUAUUAGUUAUUAUCAUUAGUGUUAGUUUUCAACAAUUUAAAAUUUUUGAAACUACAUUUUGAUUGAACUUGUGAUUCCAAAUGAGUUUUUUUUACUCUAUACUACUUAUGAUGAUAAGUUUUUUUUUUUAAUUCUCGAGCAGUCGCACAGCACAGCUCUCGUUGUGUCUGCUAUAUAAUAAUAUUAUUACCGACGUUAUAUGUUAAAUUUAAGCAGCACGAAAUAAAAGUGUAAACAAUUUCUGCAACUGCAGCACAGGACACACACACAUUUGCGAAGGAAUAAAAGAUCGAUGAGAAAAGAAAGAAAUUGUUAAAAUCUGAAAAUAAAGUUUAAGACAGUGCACUUGCA